UUCAACAUAAGAACUAAAACUAAGGAUAUGGCGAUCACUUCCAAGUAAAGCCAAAGACAAAUAGUCAUAUUUAGUGCGCCAAAAAAUCCUAACGCCAUGGUGGACAAAGAUGCUAGCCUAACGCAGCCGCAGCGCAAACCAAAUGCGGACACAUUUCUACCGCUGAGUCGCGUACGAACGAUCAUGAAAAGUUCGAUGGACACCGGCUUGAUCACCAAUGAGGUUCUCUUUCUCAUGACGCGCUGCACGGAGUUUUUUGUACAGCAUCUGGCACGCGAAGCGCACACAGCAUAUUGCGGCAAAGCAGGCGGAGGCGACACACUCAAAUAUGACCAUUUGUCUCAGCUGGUAAACAAGACCAAGAAUCUGGAGUUUCUGCUACAAAUAGUGCCCGAGAAAAUACGUGUGCAUGAGUUCCAAGAGAUGCUACGCCGAAAUCGUGCCAAUGGCGGUGAUGACGAUUCUACCUCUGAAUCUGAAUCCCAGUCGGAAAGCGAAUAAAAACAUUCCAAAUUAUGGUAAUUGAGUCACGAUUAAUAGUAAAUUAUUUAAAUAAUGCAUAUGAACUAAACAUUAUUA